AUGGCGGAAGUUGCAAAACCAAACGAACCCACCUCGAGAGGAUUACGAUCUUGGUUCUCGCACAAGCUCAGGCCUCGAUCGUCGGCCAAUGGCAAAAAGGCUACACCUCCACCUCCAGAGCGAAAGUCAUAUGUCCCACGUUAUGCGCAAAGAGACAUGCUCAUGUCCGUCCCCAUCGCUGACAGGCCUGACCAAAACGGUCGACCGCAAAGCGUUCGGCACCAAAGUGCUUGUUCCGACAUUGGGUUCAUGCCUACAGAUUCAUCCUCGCGGAGUAUCCGCUCUGUACGCCCUCAUCUGAUGCCACGCAAUGUCAGCGCACCUAUUGGACUCUCCGGCAGUCGAAGCGGCACCUCUACACCCGGCAGCAUCAAGACAUCCUACAGCCAUCAUGGUCCAAGUGGCUCAUCAUCUUCCGCCAAUCUCUCCAAUAUCAAUUCAUGGCGCGGCGAGGCAGGAUCUUCAACACCCCGGUCAUUACAAGAUUUUCAAAUAGGCUCGGACUCUCCUCACCAGCGACCAAUGUGGGAAAAUUUCGAUCAAGUCAUGAGCUCCGUGAGUCUUUCCGAGCUUGACCGACCACCACACCGCCGAAAGAGUUCCUCCUCGAGCUACCACAGCAGAGGCUGGUCAACAAACCACCACAAUUAUGCACCGCCACGGACCGUACAUACCAGCGACAUCAACGGAAAUCAGCAAUCAUAUUUUAACCACCAGGGUAUUCCAGACAAGCGCCGAGCAAGCGUAAGCAGUUUGAACGUCACCAAAAACCCCGCCCCAAUGGACAAAGGCAAAGGACGCGCAAGCUCUGAGACGUUGUCACCCGUUUCACGACCAGGAAGCGGCAGUAUGUAUGGUUACCACGGAGAAUUGCGACUUACGGCGCCAUCGCGGUUACGCAAUGAGCACAUCCUCGAACCGGUGUUUGACGAAGAACAUGAAAGUGAUGAUGAUGGACUUUACCUCCGACGUCCCACAACGGCAGCAACGACGAUCAGAACACCCUCUCGACGCCACUCGCCAGCUGGCCAAUCGCCUUCGCGAGUCUACUCGACCCUUUUCGAGCAGCAAGAACCGACCUCGGGCGAGGUCAAGCCCACAGAAACUGCAGAAUCCGGUACAGCAGCAUCCAUAGCCGUGCAGCUCCCGCCACCGAUGCAGUCAGAAUCAAGCAGCGCAUCCUUCAUCGAAUCGACCACUUCCGAGGCUCCAACAGAUGCGUCCAAGCGUAGCGCCUCGACAGUGAGCACGGCGCCAACGGAAUCUUCCUUGUCGAAUUCACGCCCGCCUUCGCAUUUCAAGGAGCAAACACAGGAGCGGGAGCGCGAUGCUUCACGCGACGCCGAAUCAGAUCAGCCAAAGCGGACGCUUAACGUCGAGCCGGGAGUUGAUGUGAUUCAAUUCGAGCAGCCUGCUCUUCCCGCUGUUGAAGCCGUCAAGGUCUAA